AUGAGCGCUGCCACAUCUGAAAGUUCAUCGGGCAACAAUACGCUACGCGCUCCAAAAUGCGCUCGCUGUCGCAAUCACGGGGUAGUGUCCUCUUUAAAAGGCCAUAAACAUUACUGCAAAUGGCGGGAUUGUGUCUGCCCAAAGUGCCUACUGAUAGCGGAGCGUCAGAGAAUCACGGCGGCGAGGGUUGCGCUUUUACGCCAUCAAACGAGAAUUGAGCCGUACGAAUCGAUAUCAUGUGCGCGAUACACGCGUGGAAGCGGAGAACGCGAGUUUCCGUAUCCUUCCUUCACGCAGAGAGCGGUUAACUCCAUUUUGCCCUCAACUCCACCGGCUGAACCUGUGAGACCAGCUUCUUGUCCCAUCACUGAAGGUAAUUUAAAAUUUUUAUACUUUCUGAGGUUAAUAGAACAGCUUUGAUUGUAGUACGUGAGUCGAAAUUAUUAGUUUGUUACUACUGGGGAAUUAAAGGUGUGAAAUGUAAAAGUUCAACGGAAGCUAAUUUCAAAAGACAAAAGCUUGGGCUUAUGUUGAAAUCAAACAUUGCAUAAAGUUCUUUUGUUCCGGAAAACAUGAUGAAAUCAAAUGUAUUAUUUUUAAGCUGGAGAACUUGAUGGCAUGUUUUUGUCUAUUAUUAAAGUUUAUCUUGCAACGGAAUUUGUUCUUUUCACAUCGGUGAAUAAAUUAAGGCUCUGUUCUAAAUGAAAUUGAAGCAAUAACAAAAAGAAGUUUAAAGUUGUAUUGUUGAAUUGGCAGAUAUCUUUAUGCGGCAUUUCAAUUCAGAUAUGCAAUGAACUACGUUUUUUCAAAAGGACCGUAGACAAUUUUGUUAAAAUAUGAUGAUCUUAAAAUAGAACUGAGAUAUAGUUUUGCAAUAUUUUUACAUCUCCUAUUAAAGAACCUAAAAAUAGGCAAACGUUCUUCACUUAGCCACAUUACUUUAUGUAAACCAAAAUAUUUAUUACUCGGGAGAAAAACUAGCGUGUAAAAACAAUCAUACCACCCGGUAGGUACUUGAGCAAGUACAAAAUAUUUGUUGACUUUUCAUUAGUUACAAAACCAUUACUAAUAAGCUAUAUUCACUGGAAUUCACUAUACGACUCAAAUUAUAUCAAACGAACAAACAAAUUCUCUAGACAUUGGGCAGAAAUAGUAACACACCGAAAGGAGGCGAAAAAUAUUGUGCUUCGUUACAUGUAUUUAACACUUUUCACUGGUACAAUCCAACAGGUGAGAGCAAGUGACAAUUGGUAGUCGAUCCAUAUCCAUAACACGCCAGAAUUUUUAGACGAGUUUCCCGAAGUAUGUUUCUUUCGCAAGAGCAAAAGGUUAAACUACUUGAACAGCUAAAGGGAUCUUCUAUUUUUUGGAGGAAAACUCGCAAUUCUUAUAAUAUGGCGAGUUUAUUGAAACUUCUAAACUUCUGAAUAUAAUUGUGUGGUAUGGUUUUAUAUCAUCGAUGUCUCUUUUUCCGAAGGCUUUCGAUCUCUUAUUUGAAGUUGCGCAUGCGUUGUCUUUGCUAAAUCUAGCGAUAGAUCGACGGCUAUUUUAAGAUGGAACUCACCAGGAAAUUGGGUAAGUUUGAUUUUCAGUGGACAAAAACUCCUUGAACGAGAAUAAUUCCUAUCUGCGAAAAAUAAAGCAAUUUGUUUUACGGAAUCUAAUUUAAAUUCCUUAUAAAAUCCACAGAAAAAAAAGGAGAAGAACCCCUAUUUAUAAAAGAAGAGAAAGUGGACCCGGAAUACCGAGAAAAUGGGACAGUUUCUUGCACAGGAGAACCAAGUGAAGAACCCCCAUCUAAACGAAUGGCAAGAAGCGCGUCUCCGCCUCACGCUAAUGGUGUAACUUCACGCUCUCCGUCACCACGCCAUCACGUGCACGAUAGCUGUCAGCCACGUGCUGAUCACAUCAGGAAAGAAAGUGAAAGGCCACCGUUACAGUUGCCAUGGAGCUCAACGUUUCGGGACCAAGAUGAUUUUGACUACACUAUUAAACUUCUGCAGAAAAGCCUCGGUGAAUCGGCGUUGAAACGACGCAAGCCUCCUCGUCCACUGGAAGUCCUUAGCAAGGUUUUUCCUUCACAUAAGGAGAAUGUCUUGGAGCUUGUUUUGAAAGGAUGUAGCGGUGAUGUGGUACAGGCAAUCGAGUGUAUCCUGGCUGGCAAGAACCAUUCAGUGGAUCUUCCUGUAUCGCCAGGCUCUAGCGUACCCAGUAUCCCUUUAGGAUCAAGCUAUCCCAGCGUUCCAUUCCCGGGAGCCAAGCCAACUCUUCUUUCCACAAUGCCACCCACCUUACCGAUGAUGUCACUGAACGGGAUUACUAAGACAACGACACAUCCUUUAAGCUCUGUGCGAGUUUUUUCUCCGCAGCCCCAUGGAGGAUUGCGAUUCCCUCACCAUCUGAGAAACCUUUCAGUGCACGGCCACAGAGGUGCGGGCGAGGAAGGGGAAUUAACCAGUUUUAGUAAUGCAAGUGGCCUUUUAAGAACUGGAUUUUUGUCCUCAUACUCGAGUUCACCUCAUUCGCCAGAAGAAACCAAUUUUACCGAGCACGAGGUCUCCACAUGCUUCCGAUGUGGAACAAAGCCUCGAUCCGGAGAUAGGUUUUGUGGGAAAUGUGGGGCGGACUUAAAGUGUUAG